UGACAGAGAGGAAUUAGAGUGGUUUGAGCCUCAGACCUGAAAGACACGCCCGUUUGCCCGGGUCCUUGGACAGUCCCGAUCCAGUUAUCUGCCAAGGAGUGCUGGGAAGCUACUGAUCUCUCCACUCUCAGGUCACCCGCCCGUGGCAGAUCAUUCGUGCAGCACCAAGGUGCGUGCAUCCAUUUCUCUGUGCUCCACACAGGGAGAAAGCCGGCAACAUUUCUUACCUCGGGACUUGUAGGAUUAUAACGGGGAAGGUGCAAACAUGGGAGCUGGAGCAAGUGCUGAGGACAAGCGGUCUAAAGAGCUGGAGAAACAGCUCCAGGAGGAGGCUGACAAGGAGUCCAAGACCGUGAAGCUACUUCUGCUGGGUGCUGGUGAGUCUGGGAAGAGCACUAUCGUAAAGCAGAUGAAAAUUCUCCAUCAGGGUGGUUAUACAAAAGAGGAACAAUUGGAGUUCAGGGCUGUCAUCUAUGGCAACAUCCUGCAGUCUGUCCUGGCCAUUGUCAGAGGAAUGGAGAUGUUGGAUAUCAAUUUUGGCGCACCAGCAGGACAGGAGGAUGCCCAGAAGUUGCAGAACUUGUCAGACUCCACUGAGGAAGGCACCAUGCCCCCUGAGCUGUCAGAUGUCAUCAAGAGGAUUUGGAAGGACUCGGGUGUGCAGGCUGCUUACGAGAGAGCUGCUGAGUUCCAGCUCAACGACUCAGCUGGAUACUACCUCGCAGACUUGGACAGAAUUGCCGCCGCUGACUACUUACCCACUGAGCAGGAUGUGCUGCGAUCUCGAGUCAAGACCACUGGUAUCAUUGAGGAAAACUUCUCUUGCAAAGAGCUGAUCUUCAGGAUGUUCGAUGUGGGGGGUCAGAGAUCAGAGAGAAAGAAGUGGAUUCAUUGUUUCGAGGGUGUGACCUGCAUCAUCUUCUGUGGUGCCCUCAGCGCCUACGACAUGGUGCUCGUGGAAGACGAUGAAGUGAACCGCAUGCACGAGUCUCUCCAUCUAUUCAACAGUAUCUGCAACCACAGGUUCUUCGCCACCACAUCCAUUGUGCUUUUCCUCAACAAGAAAGAUCUCUUUGAGGAGAAGAUCAAGAAAGUUCAUCUCAGCAUCUGCUUCCCUGAUUAUGAUGGGCCCAACACAUUUGAUGAUGCCAGCAACUACAUCAAGCAGCAGUUCCAGGAUCUGAAUAUGAAGAAAGGAGUGAAAGAAAUCUACGCUCACUUGACCUGUGCCACAGAUACAAAGAACGUGGAAAUUGUGUUCAAUGCUGUCACAGACAUUAUCAUCAAAGAAAAUCUUAAGGACUGCGGUCUGUUCUAGGCAGUGAUCACAAAAAAGGGAUUUUGCUUCUGGUACUAUGCCUCGAGCACAGCUCUGAGAAGACCCACAGGUUGCACUACUGGCUGUGGCUGAUGCUCACCCAGAAGGCCCAGGUUUCUGUCACCCCUCCGUCCACACCAGUCCGCAUUCAUGCUGGAUAGUGCAAAACAGACUUGACCCGAGACCCAACUCUCCCGGAAACAACACACACCAUUACAGGGGGAUGAUGAAUGUCACUUUGAGAGAAACAUUUUAUAAAAAUGUGGGUACCUCAAAG